AAUAUCAUAUCAUAUCAUUAUAUCAUAUAGUUUGACCAACUUAUGUAUCUAACAACAUAUAAAAAUCGAAUGUGGACCUACUUAUUUUUCAAUUGAAUGUAAUUGACUACCUAAUUGAGUGACACCUAUGCAUUGGGGCCUCUUUUAGUUAAUACAAAAUUGAGGUUACAUCUUUUCAAAUGUUCCUCAAUUAAUAUAUAAGGGAUAUAAAGUUAGACCAGUGACAGUAAUUGUAAAUACUCUAAUAAUGUGAGGGUCUAAAUGUAAAACUGCUGGUGAUAUUUUGAAGUCGUCCAAUUAUUUAAAACAAGAAGGAAUCAUAUGCCGACGGCCCAAACGUCCCCGCCGAAAACCUAUAUCCAACGAAUCAACGGUCACGAUGUAAUCGACUCUUUUUAUUUUUGAAUUUUAAUACUUCCACCGUACGUAUUGACACGUGUCAAACCAGACCUUCAUCUUUGUUAAGCAUAAAUAAUACAGAACCUCCUUGGUUUUUUUCUCCUCUCAUACAUUUUCUUCUCUGCCUUUGAAAGUUUUGUCGCCGAAGCAAAAAUGGAGAAUAUGGUGGGGCUCAGGUUUCUUCCGACGGACGAGGAGCUCGUAGACCAUUACCUCCGUUUGAAAAAUCACGGUGGUUCCAACACGAGCCCUGUCGAUCAAGUCAUUAGCACAAUUAAUAUCUGUAACUUCGAUCCUUGGGAGUUACCUCGGCACUCGAGUAUGGAGUCAAAAGAUCAGGUUUGGUAUUUCUUCGGACGCAAGGAGAAGAGAUAUAACAGAGGUGAACGUCAGAUCAGAAAAACCAAGUCUGGUUUUUGGAAGAAAACUGGAGUUACAAUGGAUAUCAAGCGAAAGAGAUCAGCGCAUCGCGAAAAGAUCGGUGAGAAAAGAGUUUUAGUGUUUCACUCGAGCGGAUCCAAAACCAACUGGAUCAUGCACGAGUAUGACGCUGCUUGCUUGUCUCCUACUCAGAACAUGACAUAUACAAUCUGCAAAGUACACAAAAAGGGGGAAGCUAGAGAGAUUUCUUCUCCUGGUAGUGGUAUUGAUGCGCUUAGUCUCUCUCUAGUCACUCAUAUGAAUAACUCUGGAGGAGAAUCUAGUCCUGCAGCAUCUGAGGUGGGUCUAUCUCAAUCUCAAACUUUAUAAAUGUAAAGUUUUCAAAACCAUAUUUAAUAUUUUAUAAACACUAAUUUGUCUUCUUCUUCUUCUUUGACUUUUAAGAAACCAAAGAAUGCACACCAGCUUAGUGGCUUUUCUGAUAAGAAGCAAGAAACGGAGCUCGAAGAAGCAAUUCACGGGGCUUUCGACAAUCUGUCAAGCUAUGAUUGGAAAUACUUGCUUGAUGAUGAUGAGCAGAGUAAGACUGUUGCUAUGCAAAAAUCAUUGACCGGUUUUCUUGAUUGGGCAUAAAUCUAUCAUCUAUCUGAGACUAUCUCCAACAAGAGUAGCAAAAAUGUUGAUAUGUCCCUCGAUCAAGAAGAAAAGAGCUGCUAUAUUUUAAAAUCACCUGUUUUCAGUAACAUGAUUUUGUACUUUCCAAAUCUGUACAAGUAAUAUACGUUAUGUCUUAGCUUGUUGUUUUGUAGCGUAUUUUAAAUGUAUUGUAUGUCCUUAAACAUAUACUACUUAUUAAGAAAAUGAUUGUGAAUUUUAUGAUGAGAAGUGAUUCGAGAAGACAAGAUUGUAAUCAUUUUAAAUAUUGAUAACAACUAUCAAAAGUCUCAAAUUCUCUUUGACGUCGCAAUCAGCCUCUCCUCAUGACCUACCGAAUCCCCACAAGACAUUAUACAGUUUUCUACAAAAAAGGAAAAUAAGUCUAGCAUCAAAUCAAAUUACUUUAUUUCAAGAGUCUUUUUAUUAAGUCCACAUCAUAUUUAUAUAUGUAUACACGUGCAUGUUGUCAUGUUGAUGUUUAAUUAAGUUCAAAUUAUCCCAGUACCAAUGGUUACUUUUAUUUUGCUUCCUCUCUUCUCUUUACAGUAUCAUAUGUAUACAAGAAAAUACUCUAGCAAUCGAACUAAAUAAAAAAUUAUUUUUAAAAUUGUUUGUUUACUAUUUGCCCUACACCCUUUUAUGUUAAUCAACAGACGAAAAAAAAGUGAUAUUGAUUUCUCUAGACUUUAUGUUAUCUAUAUACCCGGUACGUGUGUAUAUGUGAUGCAUGCCGAUGAAGAAAUACAUGUAUGCAUGGACUUACUACUGUCUAAAUGUGUGGAAAUAGAUAUCUACAUAGGUUCCUUAAUUUUCCGUAUCUUCUUCUACGCAUAUCAUGCGCAUUUAUAAUUAAAUAAAUGGUUAGAUGUAAAAAGGUUGUAGCAUCUCUAGCUUUGUCAGAAUAUGCGCAUUUAUAAUUAAAUAAAUAUCUAGCUUUGGCAUGUAACAAAAAGUCAUGGUCCACUUCCUUUUGACUCGUCUUCAUCAAUGCCCGACAUGAUACCUAAUAAGUAAUAACCCCUUAUAUUGACCCUAAUCUCUUGAAGGCUUUUUUUAUAUAUGGUGAUAGAUAAUAUACUUUGUCAAUGUCAAAAUGUCUCUUUUAGAGUGCAUCAUAUGAACGCAAAUAUGUAGAAUGCAAUCCUGAUGUUAAGGUUCAAUUUCAGACCUCUUUAAGAAAAACUAUUCUUAACAUUUACCAUCUCUUUUUUCAGAAAAAAAAAACAUUUACCAUCUCGAUAUGGAAGGAGCUAGGUGUGUGUAUAUUACUUUUUGGAUAGUAGUACUUGAAACUGGUGUUAGAAAUAUUAACUCUCAAUCUAUGUUUAGACACAGGUGCGUAUAUAUUGCUUUUUGCUUAUACAUAAGAUUAAUAUUAUCGUAUUAGAUUAGAGAAGUAUAAAAAGUUUACUAUUGGUAUUUUACUAUUUUUACCCAAAAAAAAUCCAUAUGGGAUAAACACGACACGAGAAAACCGAAUUCACUAUGUAAGCAGCCCAAAUUCCAAUACAAUAAAAAAGGAAAUAACAACAAUUAUUUAUGAGAGCCAGCUGCCGAUAUCUCCUUGCACAUGUCGUCACACGCUGACGAGUUGAUGAUGCAAAAUAAUAUAUGUCCAGUUGGAAUAAAACAAUAUAUAAAUUUACCUUGAGUUUUUUUUUCACUGAAUUUUCAUUGAUCAUUGAAAAUAAACAUAUACAACAUUACAGAGGAACAUCAACAACAAAAAAUUUACCGUGAGUUUAUAUCUUAUAAAAAAAAGAAAAAAAAUUGCAAGCCUUAUAACCUACGGUAUCUUAUCUUACACGAUUUAUUUUUUCUUUUCUUUCUAUAACUAUAGAAUAGUCGCAAAAUGCAGCAGCACUUUAUAUAUAUAUAUAUAUAUAUAUAUAUUAUUUUUUUUCGUCGUUUAGCAAGUUUUUGAUGAUGCAUGAUCCCAGGUGGACUGAUCUGAGCUGUAAUCUGGAUUAGAUGUAAUAUUUAAUGAAUGGAAAUUAGUUUUUCCUAAAGAAAAGAAUAACUGACUAUCCACUUCACCUAGACAUGUCAAUUAGAAUCGAAAUCCGCAGUCCGAACCUGCAUAUCCCUAAAAAUAUCGGUUUAGGCUUAGUUUUAUAAACAAACAAAAAAUCAGACUUUUCGAACUAAAUCUAUUUGGACUUUGGGUAUUUUAGACAUAAGCCCAUUUGAACUAAGAUCGAAAAUCCGAAAUUUUAUAUUUUAGCUUAAAUAUUAUCAUUUUUGAAUCAAAAUCAUUAUUAGUAUUGACAUAUUAUUUUAAUAUUUUUAUCCAAAACCCUAAUAAAACAAAUAUAAAAUUUGUUAAUUCACUUUAUUGUUUGAUCAUUACAAGUGUCACAUUUUAAAUUUUGCAGAUGUAUAUUCUUCUUUUUUUGUACAACAUAUUUUUAUUUCCAAAUACAAAUUCUUAGUUUUUGUACAACAUGUUUUUUAUUUCCAAAUACUAAUUAUGAAACGUUUGACUAUUUCAAUUUUUUUUAUAUAUUUAGUUUUAAUUUAUUUUUGAUUAUUUAAAUUUUAUUAAAUUUGAUUUGUUUAUAAUAUAUUUUAAAAGCAUACGGAAAAGUAAAAUAUUUUUGAUAAAGAAGAAACGUUUAAGCUUACUUUAUAUUUUAAAACUAAAAAAUGAAACUAUUUUUUUAAUGAAAAUUCACAUAUAUUAAAACGAUGGAAGUGACAAUGACAAAUUAUUUUCCGAAAAGC